UACAGCGCUGGCAGUUGGCCGCUGCCCCAAAGCAACGACUCUCCUUCCUCUUGUCACGCAUCUGUGUCCGACAGAGCCGUGCAGUCCGGGUUUCUUAAGAGAGGAGAGCGGAGCUAACGUGUGAAGACUCCGGGGCGCCAACGCCAUCGGCAACUGGCCGCAGUUUAGUCAACGAGUUUAUUUUUGAGAUAUGAGUUAGCGUAGCACAAUAACCAAGCUUUCCAGCUAGUGGUGUGUGAUUUGGAGGGAGAGGAAAGGACAGCAGAGAAUAUGGAGCUGUCAGAUGGUUUGUUGCUGCAGGUCAACAAUGGAGAGCAGUGGUGUAACCGCUGGAAACAUCCCAAUGAUGACUCGGACCGCAGCACCAGCCCCUCAGUCCUACGCUGUGUUGCCAGCACGUGGAAGGAGGGCCUGCUGAACAGAAAGAGGCCCUUUGUGGGCCGCUGCUGUCACUCCUGUACACCACAGAGCUGGGAGAAGCUCUUCAACCCCAGUAUUCCAUCUCUCGGACUGCGGAACGUCAUCUACAUCAAUGAGACCCACACCAGGCAGCGGGGGUGGUUGGCGCGCAGGCUGAGUUAUGUGCUGUUUGUAAUGGAGAGAGAUGUCCAUAAGGACAUGUUUGCCAGGAACGUGGUGGACAAUGUUCUCAACAACAGCAGGGUGGAGAAUGCUAUUGUGAAGGUGGCCACAGAUUUGGAUGAUGCAGCCUGCCAGCCGGGCCAGGAGCACAAAGCUGUCAGUAAAGUGAAGCAGAAAGCCAGGGCCUUCCUCCAGGAGAUGGUGGCCAAUAUUUCACCAGCCUUCAUCAGGCUGACGGGGUGGGUCCUCCUGAGGCUCUUUAAUGGUUUCUUCUGGAGCAUCCAGAUUCACAAAGGUCAGCUGGAAAUGGUCAAGAAAGCUGCUACAGAGCAAAACGUGCCCAUGGUCUUCCUCCCUGUUCACAAAUCCCACAUUGACUACCUACUCAUCACCUUAAUCUUGUUCUGUCACAACAUCAAAGCCCCACACAUCGCCGCUGGGAACAACCUCAACAUCCCUAUCCUCAGCACUCUGAUCCGUAAACUCGGAGGAUUCUUCAUACGACGGAGAAUGGAGGAGACGGGGGAUGGGAAGAAAGACAUUUUGUACAGAUCCCUCCUACAUGCAUAUACAGAGGAGUUGUUGCGUCAGCAACAGUUUUUGGAGGUCUAUCUGGAGGGUACACGCUCCCGCAGUGGUAAGCCGUCUCCGGCGCGUGCAGGCAUGCUGUCCAUCGUGGUAGACACCCUGUGCACUGGGUCCAUUGCAGAUGUACUGGUGGUGCCAGUUGGCAUCUCCUACGACCGAAUAAUUGAGGGCAACUACAAUAGUGAGCAGCUGGGCAAGCCCAAGAAGAAUGAGAGUUUGUGGGGAAUAGCAUGUGGAGUGUUCAGGAUGCUGAGGAAGAACUAUGGAUGUGUCCGAGUUGACUUUAACCAGCCCUUCUCCCUGAAGGAGUACCUGGGUACCCAGAGAAGCCGCCAUAUUCCACCACCAGAAUCCCUGGAACGCACCUUGAUGCCCACCAUUAUUUCUGCCCAGCCUGAUGCUCAGCUGUUUGAGGGGCAGGAGGAGGAGCAGAUCAACAGAGAGCUGCCCGAUGACAUCUUCAGACGACAACUAAUUAAUAACCUGGCCAAGCACGUUCUCUUCACGGCUAAUAAGUCUUCAGCGAUCAUGUCUACCCACAUUGUGGCCUGUCUGCUGCUGUAUAGACACAGACAAGGCGUGGUGCUGUCAAAGCUGGUGGAGGACUUCUUCAACAUGAAGGAGGAGAUCCUCUCACGGGACUUUGACCUGGGCUUUUCGGGGAACUCAGAGGAUGUGGUCAUGCGUGCCCUCCAUCUCCUGGGAAACUGUGUCAAUGUGACCAGCAGUGCAAAUCGCAAUGGAGAGUUCACUAUCGCACCCAGCCAAACUGUACCAGCGCUUUUCGAGCUCAACUUCUACAGCAAUGGCCUUUUCCACGUCUUCAUUUCUGAUGCAAUCAUUGCCUGCAGCAUCUUGUCACUGCAGCGAGAGCUGGCCGUGGAAUCAGAGUCCGCUCAUCAUUCUGGUGGUCCCAGUAGCCUCCUUAUCAGUCAGGAGAGACUCAUUCGCAAGGCUGCCGGGCUCUCCCACUUCCUCACCAAUGAGGUUGCGGUGGCACCUCCCUGUCAGACUAUUUACCAGGUUUUCCACGAUGCAGUGACGAGGCUGAUCCAGUAUGGAGUUCUCUGCGUAGCAGAAGAGGACCAGGAGGAACUGAGUCCCAGCCCAACAGAGGAACCUUGGCCCAAAAAGUUCCCUGAGCCCCUCUCCUGGAGAAGCGACGAGGAGGACGAGGACAGUGACUUUGGAGAGGAGCAGAGAGAUCGCUACCUAAAGGUGAGCAUUUCGGCAGAGCACCAGGAAUUCUUCGUCUUCCUUCAGCGACUGCUCAGCCCAGUGCUUGAGGCCUACAGUGGGGCUGCGAUCUUUGUCCACAGUCUGAGCCAGCCCAUGGCUGACUCCGACUACACCCAGAGGCUCUUCAGAUACCUGCUCACCCGCACAGAGAGAGGAGUGGCUGCUUAUGGCGAAAGUGCAACUCAUUACCUGGUUAAGAACACAGUGAGGACAUUCAAAGAGCUCGGGGUCCUAAAGGAGAGAAGAGAGAACAAGGUGACCACUCUGGAGCUGAGCAGCACCUUUCUACCUCAGGCCAAUCGGAACAAACUCCUGCAGUACAUCUUAGGUUUCACACUGCUGUGACCAAGACACCUUUCUGCCCAUCUCUGACCCCAGGCUCCUUCCAAUAAAGGGCUUCUACUGGUUACUUCUAAACAAUCCCAGGUGCUACUCUGUGGAAAGCUUUACCAGGAAGUGCCUUCAUGUGAAAGCCGCUAACUGUUAGCCGUUGGCCAGAAGAGACUUGAAGCCAGUCUUCCCUUUUUGUUCCAGUCUAUGGCUCCCUGUCUUACAACUGUGGAGCAAAUAACACACAUGUAUUGUUACUUUGAAGAGGUAAUUCUAGGAAUCAUCGUCUCUUAGUGAACUUUGCCGGUGACGUCAAAAGGUUUUAAUAUGAUCAAGAUUUUAAAUGAUCAGAAAAUAUACUGAGGCAGGUUAGUAAAUAACAGUCACUUUUACAGCAACCUGAACAGAACAAGCUGCCUUUCGUCUAUACAAGUUAACAAGCAAAAUAUGAAUAGAAAAUAAUGGUAAACAUAACCAACGACAAUUAUAUUUUUAUGUUUAAGUCUUUCUGCUUGUUUGUAAAACUGCUGUAUUCUCUCCAGUGCAGUCCAUUAUCUUACAGUAGAAAAAAAAUGUCAAAAUGUAGUUGGGAGAAAUUUAGAGAACAGAUUCCUGUACAUAGGCCACAAGACCAAUGUCUCUCAUUUGUAGUGCGUUCAAGUACAUGAACUCUGGUGUCAUUACAUUUAAUAAUAUAGGAAAAUUAAAUAGAAAGAUUUGCUGACUCCUGGGAGAUAGUCUCCCUGCUAAAUGCGUACAUAUCCAAAUUUUCAUUGCCAAAAAUAUCUGUAAAAAUCGAAUCCUCCGUACAAACAGUUAAGGCCAUUUACUCUGCACAGUUACUGGUUUAAGAUAUCAAAACAAUAAGCAGCAAACCAGUUCCACUAUUCAAAAAUAUUUACUUAGCAAACACAAAAUUUACCUGCUCAGAGUCUGCCGUAGUUAAGCGAAAAAAAACAAACAUCUAAAGUUAAGUGCAUUCAAACCACUAAUAUCUAAGUGCAUUCAGUUACACGUUUCAUCAUGGAGUUUUGAUGAAGAGUGACUUUGACCUUUGUGUUUGCGCAACACCGUUUUCACUUUUCAAUGAAUGUUACAUAGCACAGCACUUAAAAUACUAAAUAACAGCCAUCACAUCCACUUCCGUUCUAAUGCAAAAAGCUCAGAAACUCUUUGGUCAUGCUUUUCAGUGACAGCAGAGAUUUGGGAUUACCACCAUUUUUCUUCCUGUAUAAUAAAGAAACUGUAUAAAGCCUUUCUAGCACCACUGCUGGGAGCAAUUUUGUUCUAAUGGUUUGGCAUUUGUAAGACAGAGGGACUACAUAGUCCACUGUGUAAUCCAUUUGAACAGGUCUGUAAGGUUAGUUAUUAGUGAGAAUAAGAUAGUGUUUCCGUUGUACGUUCAAGAAACUUUAAAAAAAAAA